CAAGAUCUAUGUGCAUCUCUGUUUAUUAUACUCUUUUGAAAUUAUCCAUCCUUUUUAAACCUGGUGAUUGACAAAUUCAUCUGAAAAAGUCUUUUUGAACUAUCGGAGAUUUAUAGAGGUUUCUUAUUUUGGCUUUUACAAAAAGAAAUCUUGAAAAAUUAAAUUAUAAUCAAUUUAAAUUCACAUUAUGUCUUCCUUAAACGACAGCAACGAUGUUUAUUCUUCAACUUAUCCAAAUACAUCAGGAUUUCAAGGAACAGUUAGACCAUUUUCUUCGCCGUAUUUAAAUUUCGAUCCCGGAUAUAUUCCUCAAACGCAACCAGAAUUUAUAUUUCUGGAUGGAGCUAGUAAACAAAGAGGUCGGUUCGAGCUUGCUUUUGGUCAAAUUGGCGGAUCGUGUAUGAUAGGAGCUGCAUUAGGUGGUGCCUCUGGUUUCUAUAAUGGAUUAAAAGCUAGUACAUUAGCAGGUCAGACUGGUAAACUUAGACGAACACAAUUAUUGAAUCAUAUUAUGAAAAAAGGAGGGGCUACUGCAAAUACAUUUGGAUCAGUAGCUGUGAUAUAUUCUGCUUUUGGAGUGAUUCUAUCAUGGGCUAGAGGGAAUGAUGACGACCUUAACACAGUUGUAGCAGCUACCGCAACAGGAUGUCUCUAUAAAUCAACGGCGGGACUCAAAAAAUGUGGUUUAGGAGGAGCAAUAGGAUUUGGAUUAUCAACAGCAUAUGCUCUUUGGAACAAUAGAGAAAAAUUAGCAGGAUUACGUCAAUUCAAUCCAGCGUAUUUCGAGAAUGAUUAGGAUAAACAAUUAUACAGUUUUAAUAAAUAUAUAGUGUAAUAUAUGUUUGCUCAAUUGUUUUUCAUUCGUUUGUUUGAUUUCUUCUUCUACUCUUCUUUCUUUUUACUUUUUCAAGAGUUGGAAACGGGCCCCUCUUCCAUUAUGAUCUGUCUAUAAUCUUUCCAAUCUCAAUGUUUUUUUUUUGUUAAUAUAUGUCUUUAUUCUUAAUAUAUGUAUACCCAAUUCACUUAUUGUUCAUUUUUCAUAAUAUUGAUUCUUAUUUUAUUACUUAGCUAUUAUUACUUCUUUCAUUAUUUUGUCCCUCUAUUGUUCACAGGUAUUUCUCAAUUCCAUUAUGUUUAUUUUUGUAUCUCCUAAUUUUCACUACAUAUGUUGAUAAUGUUAAAGGAUUAUAUAUUUCCAUUUUUGCAUCUAUGUCUAUUAUGGUGAUUAUGCAUCAAAUUUCAAUGUUCUAUUAACAAGAUAUUCAUAAAUAGUUACUAUUUCUUAAGUACUAUCCUUAUAUUUUAUUGUUUUGAAGAUCAAAAUUUUUCAUUAUUGAUGAUGCACCACAUAAUUUAAGGCUUAUAAUCAAUUUAUAAGAAUUUAGAUUAACCUCAGUAAAUUAGAUCUUUUUGAUAAAUAUGACUUAUUUAGUUUUGUAUUGAAGAAUGCAGCUAGGAAAAUCUACACAUUUGUUUGUUUUUAAAGCUGUUUGUUUUUAUUUAGCUGAAACAAAAAAUAAGGAACAGAAAGUGUUGAUGUGUUUAUUUUAUAUAAUUUCAACCUUACACCAAAUCUUUAUUUUGUGUAUUUUUAGCUGUGAUUGUUUUUGUUUAAUCUCUAUUCCAUAAUGUGACAUUGUUUUUUUAUAUAAUUUAUAUAUAUAUCUAAGAAUUAUAGAAAUAAAUAUUUGAAUUUAUCAA